AAACCCUAAAGACCUCUUGUAAGAACAAAUCCUAACAGAAUCAAUCUCGACCGUCACUUCCUUAAUCCAACGGUUCACAGAUCACUAUUGCUUGUGCUUAUCACUCUCUUCUUUCAUCACUUCACUCUCUUCCCUUUUUUCCCCUCUUAUCAGUCUCUGUCAAGAAAUUACAAACAUGGCUAAUAAACCCAUUACCAUCAUCAUUUGAUCACAAGUUUUACAAUUAAUCAGAAGUUUUUUCUGUCUUUUAAUCAGUUUUUUUUUUAUUUUGGUUGAUAAAGAUUGUGUUUUUAAUUCAUGGGUUGCGAGUAUUUUUGUAUUUGAUCAGAAAAAGUUACUGAUUUUGAACUUAAAAUACAAAACCCAGUUGAUUUUUAACUGAAAUUUAGCAUAAAGCUGUGAGCUUUUUCUAGUUUUUUUUGGUUUAGGUUUAUAAAGAUUGUGUUUUAAUUUAUGGGCUGUGAUUGUUUUUGAAUUUGAUCAGUUGAAAUUACUGAUUUUGAACUUAAAACACAAAACCCAGUUGGUUUUUAGUUAAAAUUUAGCUUAUAAGUGUAAGCUUUUUUUGAUUUUGGUUUAGAAAGAUUGUGUUUUUAAUUCAUGGGCUGUGAGUGUUUUUGAAUUUGAUCAGCAAAAGCUACUGAUUUUGAACUAUAAACACAAAACUCAGUUGGUUUGUAGUUAAAUUUUAGCAUAAAGGUGGGAGUUUUUUUAAUUUUUGUUUGGAUUGAGUGAUGAUCACAGAUACAUAUUCAAAGAUUUUACCUGAAAUUUCAAUGCGAUCAAUGCUCAAAAACGAGGAUUUGAGCAAACUGAUAAGAGAACAGAGGCUACAACAGGAGUUAGUAAGUGAAAGAGAGAAGGAACUUAAUAUUUACAGAAGUGGCUCUGCUCCACCUACAGUUGAAGGUUCUUUGAACUCCAUUGGAGGGUUAAAAGCUAGUGGUAAUUCUAUUAAAGGUGGAUUCUUGAGUGAGGAAGAGAUAAGGUCGGAUCCGAGUUACGUAAAUUAUUACUAUUCCAAUGUUAAUUUAAAUCCUAGGUUGCCCCCUCCUUUGUUGUCUAAGGAGGAUUGGAGGUUUUCGCAGCGGUUACACGGAGGUGGUAGUGUUAAUUCUGCUGUUGGAGAUAGGAGGAAAGGAGGAGGAGGAGGUGGUGGUGGUAGAGGUGGUGAAAAUGAAGGGAAUAGGUCACUUUUUGCUGUGCAGCCGGGGUUUGGUGGAGGAAUUGACGAGAAUGGGAAUGGAGACGGCGGGGGCGUUGAGUGGGGUGGAGAUGGUUUGAUUGGGUUGCCAGGGUUGGGCCUAGGAGGUAGGCAGAAAAGCAUUGCUGAAAUCUUUCAGGAUGACAUGGGUCAUGCAAAUCCCACCUCAAGGCAUCCUUCACGUCCAGCUAGUCGCAAUGCAUUUGAUGACGAUGUAGAUAAUUCUGAUGCCCAGUUUGCUCAGCUGCACAAUUUAACGACAGCUGAUGCUUUGCGUGCUGCGGCAAAUAAACAUGGUGUUUCUGUAGUUACAAAUGUUGGUGCUACAGCUUCUCAUUCCUAUGCUUCUGCAUUAGGUGCCUCUCUGUCAAGAAGCACUACACCUGAUCCGCAACUUGCGGCUAGGGCUCCUAGUCCUCGCAUUCCACCUAUUGGAGGAGGUAGACCCAAUUCUACUGAUAAAAGAGAUGUGAGCAGUUCACACUCAUUUAAGGGUGUUUCAUCAAGCUUGAAUGAAUCCGCUGAGCUAGCAGCUGCUUUGUCUGGAUUGAAUCUGUCAACUCUUGAUGAAGAGAACCACCCGCAUUCACACAGUCAACAUAGUGCUGAUGAUCAUCAUAAUCUCUUCCAUUUGCAAGAUGACCAGAACCAUAUAAAGCAACAGCCAUUUUUGAAUAAGUCUGUUUCAUCUGCUAACUCUUAUCUAAAAGGCCCCUCAACACCAACUUUCAAUGGCAGAGGAGGGUCUCCUUCUAACCAUCAGAAUGUCGAUAAUAUGAAUUCUUCAUUUGCAAACUAUGGCUUGAGUGGGUAUCCUAUGAACCCUUCAUCUCCAUCUAUGGUUACUAGCCAACUUGGAAGUGGGAAUUUUCCACCGUUAUUCGAAAAUGCUGCUGCAUCUGCAAUGGGAGGAACUGGAUUGGAUUCUAGAGCGCUGGGUGCUUUAGGACCAAACCUAAUGGCUGCUGCAGCAGAAUUACAGAAUCUCAGCAGAGUUGGAAAUCAGAAUGCAGGUAAUGCUCUUCAGAUGCCCCUGAUGGACCCCUUGUAUCUUCAGUAUCUGAGGUCAAAUGAAUAUGCUGCUGCACAGCUUGCAGCUCUUAGUGAUCCGACAAUGGAUAGGGAGUAUCUUGGAAAUUCAUACAUGGAUCUGCUCCAGAAAGCUUACUUAGGAGCAGUGCUUUCGCCUCAAAAAUCACAAUUUGGUGUACCGUAUCUCGGCAAAUCUGGUAGUAUGAAUCAUAAUUACUAUGGUAAUCCAGCAUUUGGUCUUGGUAUGUCCUAUCCUGGAAGUCCCAUAGGGGGUCCUCUUCUUCCGAAUUCUCCUAUUGGGUCGGGCAGUCCUGUCAGGCACGGUGAAAGAAACAUGCGUUUUGCUACUGGGAUGAGGAAUCUGUCUGGUGGUGUCAUGGGACCUUGGCAUUCAGAAACUGGUAGCAACCUUGAUGAAAAUUUUCCUUCCUCUUUGUUGGAUGAGUUCAAAAGCAAUAAAACUAGAUGUUUCGAACUCUCAGAAAUUGCGAGUCAUGUUGUUGAAUUCAGUGCUGAUCAAUAUGGGAGUCGCUUUAUUCAGCAAAAACUUGAAACUGCUACUAUGGACGAGAAAAACAUGGUCUUCAAUGAAAUUAUGCCCCAAGCCCUAUCUUUAAUGACAGAUGUUUUUGGUAAUUAUGUGAUUCAAAAGUUUUUUGAGCAUGGAUCUGCCGCCCAAGUCAGAGAAUUGGCUGAUCAGCUAACCGGGCAUGUAUUGACUCUUAGCCUUCAGAUGUAUGGCUGCCGAGUGAUCCAAAAGGCCAUAGAAGUGGUUGAGCUGGACCAGCAGACAAAAAUGGUGGCAGAGCUUGAUGGCCAUAUAAUGCGUUGUGUGCGCGAUCAGAAUGGGAACCAUGUCAUCCAGAAGUGUAUUGAAUGUGUUCCUGAAGAUGCGAUACAGUUUAUUGUUUCAACAUUCUAUGAUCAAGUUGUGACACUUUCCACUCAUCCAUAUGGUUGUCGAGUCAUUCAGAGAGUCCUGGAACAUUGCCAUGAUGCAACAACCCAGCAUAUAAUGAUGGAUGAGAUUUUGAAAUCUGUUCUUAUGCUGGCUCAAGAUCAGUAUGGAAACUAUGUUGUACAGCAUGUGCUGGAACAUGGUAAAUCCGACGAACGGUCAUCAAUUAUUAAGAAAUUAACUGGGCAGAUAGUUCAAAUGAGCCAGCAGAAGUUUGCCUCCAAUGUUAUAGAGAAGUGCUUAACAUUCGGCAGUCCUGAAGAACGCCAGGCCUUGGUGAAUGAGAUGCUCGGUACCACUGAUGAAAAUGAGCCCCUUCAGGCUAUGAUGAAAGAUCAGUUUGCUAAUUACGUUGUACAGAAAGUGCUGGAAACUUGUGAUGACCAGCAACUUGAACUAAUCCUUAAUCGAAUAAAGGUUCACUUAAAUGCUCUGAAGAAGUAUACUUACGGGAAGCAUAUAGUUGCACGUGUAGAGAAACUUGUCGCAGCUGGAGAGAGGAGGAUCAGCUUCCUUACCCUGCACACUGCUGCUUAGAUGAUGGCAUAGGAGAAGUUGUACAGCUAACUGAAGAUAGUAUGAGCUCGCUCUUGUGUUUCUCGUUUUCUUGUCACAUGUAACGAAUAGCCCUGUCUAUUUACUUGAAUAGAUAGGAGAGCUUAACGGAAAAUAAAUUGUCGGUUGUACUUAAAACUGUACAUUGUAGUUUUCGAGGAUAUACCUAGAUUCAGGCUAGCCCCGAGGCUCAGAUGGUGAACAUGCUGAUGCCGUUGCAGAGGAGAUAAAUUUUACUGUACAAGUUUUAAGGGUGUAAAAAAGAAAAAAAAGGAGGUAGUAGAUUUCGUGAUGGUGAGUCGUGACUGUACAAAUAUGUUAUCUAGGCAUCGAUGGGUUCCGUGCUUAGGAGAGUCUGCAAUUUUUCGCUUGUGUGGAAUCUUUUUAGUUUUUUGUUAUUUAAAGAACUUUUUUCCCCUUA